AUGGUCCAACGGAGAGUGAAACAAAUUGGUUUGAAGAUUGUUUCACCAAAUGUUCUGGACAUGACACUUGUAGAUCUCCCAGGUAUUACAAAGGUUCCCGUUGGCGAUCAGCCUUCUGAUAUUGAAGCCCGGAUCAGAACAAUGAUCAUGUCAUAUAUCAAAGAGCCCUCAUGUCUUAUUCUAGCUGUCACACCGGCAAAUUCAGAUUUGGCUAAUUCCGAUGCUCUUCAGAUGGCAGGAGUGGCUGAUCCCGAGGGUAAUAAAACGAUCGGUGUAAUCACAAAGUUGGAUAUCAUGGACCGAGGUACUGACGCCCGAAAUUUGUUACAAGGAAAAGUUAUUCCCCUCCGACUUGGCUAUGUUGGCGUUGUAAAUCGUAGUCAGGAGGACAUUCAAAUGAACCGGAGUAUAAAAGAUGCUCUUGUUGCUGAAGAGAAAUUUUUCCGCAGCCAUCCUAAGUUAAACCAGAUUCUAGCACAACAUAUCAAAGCUGUGCUACUUGGGUUGAGAGCACAUAUAAGCAAUAACCUAGUUACUGUUGCAAAGGAGCAUGCGAGCUAUGGAGAAAUCACGGAGUCUAAGGCUGGUCAGGGUGCUCUACUCCUGAACAUUCUUUCAAAAUAUUGUGAAGCAUUCUCCUCCAUGAUUGAGGGAAAGAAUGAGGAGAUGUCCACAUCCGAGUUAUCUGGUGGGGCUCAGAUUCAUUAUAUUUUUCAAUCCAUCUUUGUCAGGAGUUUAGAGGAGGUAGAUCCAUGUGAAGGCUUGACUGAUGAUGACGUACUGCCAUACAAAACGCAACUGGGCCAAGAUCAGCAUUGUGAAGAAUUUGUAAUUGUUAGCUUCGUUGAGCCUCUAGGAAGCUAA